AUGGACAUCCGUCAAAUUCGCGGUUGGAUGUAUAAUAGAACCAUACCUAGCCAAAGGGAGCAUACAAGUGCAUUUUUGAAUGGACUAAAUGAAUUUAUUGCUCUUGCAUGCCAAAAAUCAGCAGACUUGACUAGUGGAGAGAUUAGAUGUCCUUGCACUAGAUGUAGAAAUCUCAAGUACUUAGAUCCCAUAGAGGUUGAAGUUCAUCUUUGUAGGUGGGGAUUUAUAUCAGAUUAUUGGUAUUGGACAUGUCAUGGAGAAAGUGAUCCAACUUUAUGCACAACAUUUAAUACUUGUCCAAGUACUAGUGGCACUGCACAAGAGGGUCAUAGAUUUGAAAACAUGGUUUAUGAUGCGUUUGAUCCACAAUUUAGAAUGCAUCCUAAUCAACAAAUAGAGCAGUCUCCAAAUAAAGAUGCUCAAGAGUUUUAUGAUUUACUACAUGCAGCCCAAAAGCCAUUGUGGCCAGGUUGUACUAAUCAUACAGAAUUGUCUACUGCUGUUAGAUUAUUGACAAUCAAAUCAGAUGGAAACAUUUCCCAACGAUCUUUCAAUGAGUAUAUGGCUCUCAUGAAAGAGACACAUCCUGAAGGUAAUGUUAUUCCUGAAGAUUAUUAUAGGGCAAAGAAGAUAGUGUCCAAGCUUGGUCUUACAGCAAAAAAAGUAGAUUGUUGCGACAAAGGUUGUAUGUUGUUCUACACUGAUGAAGAUAUGAAAUUAAAGCAUUGCAAGUUUUGUGGCGGACCUCGUUAUCAUAGAAAAAAGGUUGGUAGAGAUAAUUACAAAGAAGUUCUUGUGAAGAGAAUGCACUAUUUACCCCUCAUUCUCAGGCUUAAGAGAUUGUAUGCUUCAAUGAGUUCUGCUCCACACAUGAGGUGGCAUUAUGAAAAUAAACGACAACCAGGAGUGAUGUGUCAUCCAUCAAAUGGAAAAGCAUGGAAAUACUUUGAUGGUAAGCAUCUUGAUUUUGCAAAGGAACCUAGAAAUGUGAGAUUAGGAUUAUUUUCUGAUGGCUUUAUGCCAUUUGGUAAUGGAGCUAAACCUUAUUCUUGUUGGCCGGUAAUUGUUACCCCUUAUAAUAUUCCUCCUGAACUUUGCAUGACUACUCCUUACAUGUUUUUGACAUUGAUUAUUCCUGGGCCUGAUAAUCCAAAAGAGAAAAUUGAUGUGUAUUUGCAGCCAUUGAUAGAUGAGUUAAAAUUGUUAUGGAAUGAAGGUGUGGUGACAUAUGACAUUUCAAAAAAGCAGAAUUUUAUCAUGAAAGCAGCAUUAAUGUGGACUGUUAAUGAUUUUCCUGCAUAUGUGAUGGACAUCAAAGGCAAGACCAAAGAUAAUGUUAAGGCAAGAAGGGAUUUGAAAGAGUAUUGUAGACGGAGGGAAUUGGAAUUAGUAGAGAACCUCGGUGGAAAACCUUUAAAGCCUAAAGCAAAAUUUGUUCUUUCGAAGGAGCAAAACAUGGCGGUGUGUAAAUGGGUUAGUGAGUUGAAAAUGCCCGAUGGAUAUGCUUCAAAUUUGAGUAGAUGUGUAACCAUGAAGGAUGGGAAGUUUCUUGGAAUGAAAAGUCAUGAUUGUCAUAUCUUUAUGGAGCGUUUGUUACCAAUUGCUUUUAGUGCAUUACCACUUCAAGUUUGGAGGCCUUUAGCUGAGUUGAGCAAGUUCUUCAAGGAUUUGUGCUCAAGUACAUUGCAAUUGAAUGAUCUGAGGCGGAUGAGAGAAAAUAUUAUCAUUACAACAUGUAAGUUGGAAAGAAUCUUUCCACCUGGUUUCUUUAAUUCAAUGGAGCAUUUGCAUAUCCAUCUUCCUUAUGAAGUAAUAGCAGGAGGUCCCAUUCAAUAUCGAUGGAUGUAUCCAUUUGAGAGGUAA